CACGAAAAGGAAGCCUUAGUUUGUGAUCUUUCUCUUUAGUUAGCUAGCUCUUUACUCCCUUUCUAACUCUUGGUGAGCAUAUAGUAGCUACUUAAAUCGAGGGGGAAAUAUGAAGCAUCCAGUUGUCUGCGCGAGCCCGACUCGGGCUAUCUCCCUUACUGCCGAAAUAGUACUUGUCUUGACUACUAUGCUGUUGAUGUGCCUUGCAUACCUAGAAAGGUUCAGAAAGGCGUUGUGGGAAGUCGGCGGUCAAAACAGCUGGAAUUAUAUAUCUCGCCAACAACAACAAAGCGAAUCUAGCCUGGCGAUUUCUGUGCUUGCUGCGAGUACGUGUAUAGCCCGGCUUGUGCUGGCCUAUUUCAAACCCGCCGCUGCCCACUCCUGUCUGUUUAACACUCUGAAUGAUAUAAUGCUAUCGGGUUUCUGGAUUUACAGCAUUGCCGCACAAUGCUCUAGGUUAGCGACCUCGCACGCCCAGACCAUCUCAUAAUAGCACCUUGGAACCUAGAUGACAGCUGCGGUACUUUAAAUUCGAUGAUAGUCGGAGAUUGCCUACUUGCUAGGACAUGUUUCCUCUUCUCGGUUUUCUCGCUGUGAGUUCGUUCCUGAAUAUUUCCCGAUGAAACCUUGGCUAAACUGAACGUUACGAUACUUUAGGUCAUUCUUCUCUG